AUGAAGCCUACAAACAUAGCAUUCCUUUUGUUUGGUAUUACGGGUCUGCUUCUUGUUUUUAUUCUGGGAUAUUUUUCAUUGUCAGAAGAAAUAUAUUCCACAGAUGUUCAUCCACAUAUAAAGAAGAUAGUAAUGAGUGAAACACACACCACUUCAUCUAAUGGUGAAACAUAUUCCAUGAAUAACAAAACCCUGGUAAUCUUGUGGUACAACCUUCCAUUUUAUUUAAAGUCUUCAGCGACAUAUUUUCGAGCGAACCAGUGUAAAAAUGUUGGAUCUACCUGUAUAUUAUCAACCGUUAAUUCUGAUCUAAAUAAAAGUGGUGGAGUAAUCUUCACACACUCGACUUUGCCAAGAAUUCCUCCUGUGAAGAUUGAAUCACAGGUUUGGAUUUUCAAUACUCUGGAAAACAAAGCGUUCACACAUAAGCCAAAUACCGCCUGGGACUAUAAAUUCGAAUGGAUCAUGUCUUAUCGUAGAGAUGCUGACGUUUCAAGACCGUAUGGUAAAAUCAUAAGACUGGACAAAAGUAUAGAAAGAAAUUAUUCUGAGGUUUUUCGUCAGAAAACAAAAUUCGGUGUUUGGAUGUCUGGUCACUGCCCUGUUCCAUCUCGUCGUAAAGAAUACAUCGAAAAGUUGCAGAAGUACAUUGAUAUUGACACGUUUGGAUCGUGUGGGAAGAAAAAGUGUGGGGUUCGAACUCCAGCAAUGAAUGAAUGUUUGAAGAAUUUCUCCAGGGAUUAUAAGUUUUAUUUCUCCUUCGAGAAUAAUAUUUGUAGAGAUUACUCCACAGAAAAAGUAUUUAACUUAUAUGAAUACAAUAUGAGCAUUAUACCGGUUGUAAAUGGUUCAUCCCAAGCAAGUGAAUAUUUACCAACGGGAACUUUCAUAAACGCUCAAGAUUAUACCUCUCCGGAAACAUUGGCCAAAAAACUUAAAGAAAUUGGAUCUAGUGAAAAAUUAUAUUCUCAAUAUCUGAAAGAAAAAGAUAAAUAUGGUUCUAUGAAUAACUUUGAAAUAUUUCGCGAUUCAAUGUGUUCUGCUUGCAAAAAACUAGAUCAACCAGAGGCUAAGAAAAUACCAACAAAACCGAAAGUGACUGACAUGUUUAAAACCGAAUGUUAA